GUUUUGUCACGUGGUGCAGGCUCCCCCUCGCCUGAUAUAAUGUUUAUUGGUGAAGGCUGGUCAGAGUCCGGGUAGACGACGUCUGCUCAACAGUCAUGUACCUGUACCUCGUGGGGCUGCUGCUGUUAUACUACGUGUACCGCUGGUUCAGGGAGCUGCCCAGGGUCCCAGACAAGGGCAACAAGUAUGUGUACAUCACAGGCUGUGACAGCGGCUUUGGAAACCUCCUGGCCCGCCACCUGGACAGCAAGGGCUUCAGAGUGAUCGCCUCGUGUUUCAGCGAGAAGGGAGAGGAGGAUCUGAGGAAGUCCUGUUCCCCCAACCUGAGAACAACACACCUGGAUGUGAGGUCCCAGGACAGCGUGGCCAAAGUGGCCGCCAUGAUCAAGGACAAAGUGGGGGAGCGGGGCUUAUGGGCUGUAGUGAACAACGCAGGCGUGUCCCUCCCCUCUGGACCCUGUGAUUGGCUAACCAUCGAUGACUACAAGUCCAUGCUGGACGUCAACCUGAACGGAGUGAUCGCAGUGACCCUGAGCGUGCUGCCCCUCAUCAAGAAGGCCAGGGGUCGGGUGGUGAACGUAGCGAGUGUGUUCGGGAGGAUCAGUGUCACAGGAGGCCCGUACCCUAUCUCCAAGUAUGGAGUGGAGGCUUUCAACGACAGCCUCAGGUUAAAUAUGGCACCUUUUGGCGUCAAAGUCCUCUGCAUUGAGCCGGGCUUCUUCAAAACAAAUGUGACGGACAGUGCUAUCCUGACCAGAAACGUGAAGGAUCUGUGGGAGAAGAUGCCCCAGGAGGUCAGAGAUGACUACGGAACGGAGUUUCUAGAAAAAUCGCUAGCGGUAAUGAAAGAUAAAGUUGAGAAGAUCAGUGAUGGAGACCUGAUGAAGGUGGUGGGCUGCAUGGAGCACGCCGUGUCCGCCGUCCGGCCCCGCCACCGCUACUCCCCCGGCUGGGACGCCAAGCUCUUCUGGCUGCCGCUGUCCUACAUGCCCACCUGCGUCUCUGACUACAUCAUGACCUCUCAAGCCAUUCCUAUUGCCAAGAAAUAAUUUUGUGCACUUUUUAUGCAAUUCAAACAUUUCAGGUUUACCAGUGAUAUUAGUUUUUUUCUUUUAUUGAAGCAAAGAGCAGUAAACCAAACAAAGGUAGUCUCAAAAUGAAACAUAAGAUUACACCGAAACGAGAACAAAAGACAAACAAACUCAUGUCUCUUUUGCAUCGUGUACACACUUAAGGCCACCUUAUCUAGAUCUUAUCAGAUGUAGUUUGCCUUUGGCCUGAUGAUAGGCAUGUGUGAAAGGUUAGGGACGAGCAAUACAAAAGAAGCCUGAAACAAAGGGCUCGGUUUUUCUGUGUGGCAAUGCACCUUCAAAUAGAAUUUCAAUUAUUGUGAUAAGGAUUGUCCUCUUAAUCGAAUUGUGAAUGCAGAGUGAUAAUGAGAAGUAAACAAUGUUUUUGUGCAACAGGAAAAGUUAUUUCUCAGCAUUAUCAAUGUUUAUUACUAAUAAAUACUUGUAAUACAUUUUGUUGUAAGCUUUCAAUGUGGACCUAAUUUUAGAUGCUUUUAAUUAUUGGUAAGUAGAACUGCAUCAUAUGAGCAGAUACAUUUAUGUGUAAAAGUAACUAGUAACUUAGUGUGCAAAAAAGUAAGACUUUUCCCUCUGAAAUAGUUACUGUACAGUACAAAUAUUAAGCAGCAAUAGUCCAGUAAAGAGCAAGUAUGUCAAGAUGGAAUAUAAGUACAGUACUUUAAAUGUAUGCAUGUUUAGCAGACUUUUAACUGUACCUUGGAUUAUCAUUUUGUAUAUAAACCAACUAAACCUUCA